AUGUUGAAGCGUUUUAAGUUCACUCAUGUGUGGGAAGCUGUUAAAAGAAGCAUUAGGUGGAAGGAGCUUGCAACACAUGAAGACAUUGCUAAUCCGCCAAAAAGAAAAAUAUGCCCACCUCCUCGUCCCGUGGGAAGGGACAAAGCAAAAGCUCGAGGAAAAGGAAAAGCGACAUCAUCAAAUUCUUCAGUUGGAAUGGAGCGGUCAACUAGAUCAGAGGAAAUGAUGGCACAAUUGAAUACAACUUUGGAGAAGCAUAUGACUGAAACCGUCAGGCUCGUAGAAUUUCUGUUGUUGAUACAAGAUGUGAGACACCUAGACCCCGAAGAUCAGGAGGUGGCUAAAAUACUGAAGACUUCGAUUCGUGAAAAAUAUAAGCUCAAACGCAAUUGA